GACUGUUGUGAAACCUCAUAUAAAUACGUUAUUAGCAUAAAUCGUUCUGAACAGUCAGAAAUGAAGCCGCAAACAGGACGGAUCGUGAAGAGCAGUUCGCCGAGCUGGCUAUGUGCACUUAUGCCGCUGAUGAUCGAUGCAGUUUGCGGGAGAGCUCAGUAUGCAUCACCUUAUGGCAGUGCUUAUGCAAUUACCACAUCCAACUACGCCCAACCCAACUACGCCAAUCCAGAUGUGCAAUCGAUAUGGACGGGUCCGCCGAUCAUAGUGAAUGAUAAUAUGUACAGUGCCCAGGAACAGCAGCAGUAUCCAAAAAGUAAUGGUUAUUAUGGCGCGGAACCUUCGUUUAGACAACCAUAUCCAAAUUGGAGAAGGGAAGAGCCAACACGUGCUCCCAAUCACAACUACAACAAUGUGCCGGGCUACUUUUACUAUCAACAACAGGAGACUACUCCAUCAACACCGCUGCACUAUCCCCAAUCUAUUCCAGCUCAACUUCAGCCAUAUCCACAAAGGAAUCCGGAGCUGGAGACCAGCGAUUCGCGUCGCGAGGAGGAGCAAGUCGUCCAAAUUGGCGGCGGUCGCUCACUGGCCACAACUAACUAUCUAAAUACGUACAAUAAUAACGAGAAUUUCUAUGAACCCGCUCAGCCCUGGAGGCGUCGUGAUUACCAGGCCAAAUAUGCCCAACAUUUUGCCGAAUAUUUGCGUAAAUAUCCAAGACGCCUGCAGCCAGUUUACAACACCAACGAGGAUUUCGUUGAGAAGUAGGGGAAUACUCAGCAUUUCCCUCUGCGCAAAAAAACAAAUUGAAUAAAUCCCCUCAAGAGCCAUUAGGCUUUUCGUUGAAAGCGUGCCAAGAAAACAAUUUUGUCUGCACUCGGAACAGAUCAAUUGCAUCCGAUAAAGAUACAGAUGCAGCUGCUGUAGAGUCAACAUUCCAAAACAGUAAAUAUUGGUUUAUCCCUUCAAAA